UUUUAAAGACUUCCUCAUUAUAUUUCGUAUUCUUUCAUAAAAUUAUGUAUGACUUAAAAAGACUAGUAUCCAAAGCCGUAAAACACCAUUUAAAAAAAUUUAGCCGGCAAAAGAUCUGUCAAUGUCAUUUGUAUUGUCAACAUCGUUUUUAAAAAAAAUAUUUCCCAGUGUUAUUAGCAUUUUCUCAAAUUUUCACUUGAUUUAUUACCUUUUUCCGAUAAUAAAUGAAGCUUUUAAAACCUAGUUGGGUCAAUCAUGAUGACAAACCUAUAUUUUCCGUGGAUAUUCAUCCAGCGGGCAAACGUUUCGCCACUGGUGGGCAAGGCGGCGACUCCGGUCGAGUUGUUGUAUGGAAUCUUAAUUCCGUGCUCUUCGAGUCUGUCGAAGUGGAUCCAAAUAUACCUAAAAUGCUAUGCCAAAUGGAUAACCACCUUGCUUGUGUGAACUGUGUACGGUGGAGUAAUGCUGGUAAAUAUCUAGCAUCUGGUGGUGAUGACCGCUUGGUCAUGGUGUGGGGUCUUAGUGUAUCUACUACAAGUGCUGGAAAGCAUAAAGCUGAGACUUGGAGAUGUCUAUCUACAUUAAGAGGACAUGCAGGUGAUGUAUUAGACUUGGCUUGGUCUCCGAUGGAUAAGUGGCUAGCAAGCUGCAGUGUAGACAACACUAUAAUUAUUUGGAAUGCUGAGAAGUUCCCUGAAAUGGUGUGCGUACUGAAUGGACACACCGGAUUAGUAAAAGGAGUAGCUUGGGAUCCGGUCGGUAAAUAUUUGGCUUCACAAUCUGAUGACAAAUCUUUAAGGGUAUGGAAGACAUCAGACUGGGCUCAAGAAACUGUGAUAACUGAUCCAUUUGAAGAAUGUGGAGGUACUACACACGUGUUACGUUUGUCGUGGUCGCCGGACGGUCAAUACGUGUUGUCAGCACACGCCAUGAACGGCGGUGGUCCCACCGCACAGGUGGUAGAGCGAGACGGCUGGCGAUGCGAUAAGGACUUCGUUGGACAUAGGAAGGCUGUCACAUGCGCCAGGUUCAACAACAACAUAUUUGUGAAAGAAGGCAAGAAGUGUUGCUGUGCAGCAGUGGGUUCCAGAGACCGUGCCCUGUCUAUAUGGCUGACGUCGCUCAAACGCCCUCUGGUUGUGGUACACGACCUGUUUACUGAUAGUGUGCUGGACCUCUCUUGGAGCUCUGACGGUCUGAACCUGUUAGCGUGCAGUUCAGAUGGGACAGUCGCUUGUAUACAGUUCACUAACAAAGAGAUCGGAACGCCUCUCACUGUGGACGAGAAGAACGCGUUUUACGAGAAGAUUUACGGCAAAUGUUUAGCGAACGAAUCUGGUAAUGACUUAUCGUCGAAUCUGCUCGUUGAGUGUCCAGAGAUUUUACUGGCGCGGGAGAAACAGGAGGCCAAGAAGGAAGUCAUCAAAGAGGAUACCACGCCUAAGAGUGAUAAAUCUGUGUGUAAGCCGACGCUGAGCGUAGUGAGACCUGUCGACAGGCAGAUAGAGACGCGCACGUCCGACGGUAAACGACGCAUCACACCUGUCUUCAUACCCGUCACCAGUAUCGACGCCAAUGAAUCCCUAGGUUCCCAGCCGGGUGGCGGAGAGCACUGCUUCAGCACAUCCUCGCAAAGUAAAUCGAGGAUCCGUGUGGAAGUGCGAGACGAUAUCAUCAUACAUCCUAAUGUCAGUAAUCAUGCCGCACUCAACAAUUCCAGACUUUCAGAUAACGGGCUCGACCAGAGGUUACGUAAACGUUCCGGGGGCACGCUACCCGGGCCCCGCGCGGAGGAGGUGCAGGGCAAGAGGGCGCGCGCGCCCCCGCCCCCUCCUCCCGCCGCGCCCCUCCCCGCGCCCGCGCUCGGCACCGCCGGGCCCGUCGUGCGCGCCGCCGGCGCACUCCGGCUGCAGGUACCUCACUAUACCGCGCCCCCCGCCCCCGCCCCCGUCCCCACAUACACACUACAUUACAUACUGUAUAUGUUUAUUUAGAUUGAAACAGUGUUAUUUACAACACUCAUCAAAUAUUUAUUUGUAUACUUAAGUCCAGUAAAUUGCUAAUGCGCUGGAACUUUGUCUAAUAACACCCGCGUGACAUCAUAUGAAAAUAUAAAGUAUAGAUAGCACAAAACGCAAGAGAUAUAUUGUUUAUUAAUUAGGUAUUAAAAUAUUCAUGAUUGAUCAUCAAAAUAUUUUUACAAAUAUUUUAAUAACUUUCAGUUUGUUUAUUUAUUCCAAGAAUUUUCGAAAAAGGCCAAUUUAUAUGUUAAUAUUGAGGUAUAUGAAAAACAUAAAUAUUUUAAAAAUAACAAUUACUUUAUAAGAAAUUGAUAACAAAAGGAAAGGACGAUUUUUUAAAACAUUGUAAUAGUCAAAAGUAAUAAUGAUAUGGGAGACAUUAGAUAUAUAUUUAUUUUUAAUGAAAUCAGGUUUUCUUAUUGUGGAAAUCAUAACAACGGUUAUUACUUUAGAAAAAAAUAUCAAAUAAUACCAAUAGAAAACAACAAAAAUUGUGUGUGAUCUCAACACAAUCCAAUUCAAGAAGUUUACUCUUCACCAGUGUUUAUUUGUUAACGGUACCGAUUUUUACACUAUUACGUCACCAAAAUGGCCGUCAGGCGCGUUAGCAAUGUGGGGAUUUUCCAUGAGUCAUAUAUUCGAUACGAUUAGUGUUUAUAAUUUACAAGAGAGGAUAAGUAAGGAUAAAAUUAAAAUACCUUAGCGGCAAUAUCGUUUUUCAGAUAGUGAACAAAGCGGUGAGCACAUACUAUGGCACGCUGGCUCGCCUUCAGCUGCUGCCCAACAAUUCUGCAUCCAACGACCCCGUAUGGGAGACAUAUUUAGGUAAAUUUUUCAGAUUGUAUAAUUUUCGUAGCUGAUAUCUAUUAUCAACGAAUGCGUACGUAUUUGGUUGAAUUUAAUUUUGUAAUGAGGAUGUUUUUACAAAAAAAAAAAAAAAUUAGUUCCCGAAAUUAAACUAGAUGUCGCUACGGUAUUUUCUUGAUUUCUCCAUGACAAUCCUUCCGGCUUUCUUUAAUGUAUAAAAGUAAAUUAAAUACCAAAACUCAAUAAACGACACAUUCUGUUUAUACUUUUUCGAAUUUGUAUUGAUAUCUAAGUUUCGAACUUUGUAAAUUUCAAUUUCUUAAUACGUUAGUUAAAAGGAACGGAAAUGACUGCCUUUGAUCCGUUCGUUUCUUGCAAAAGUCAAAUUUUGCUAGAGUCGCCACCUAGCACUUUUUAGUGGUUUCCUUUUUUUUAAAAUACUUCCUCAUUAUAAUAUACAGAGACCCGCAAUAAUCGUUAAAUUAAUACGUAAAAUAUACUAAUUAUAAAUUCAAUUAAGCUAAUAAAUAGUUAUAUAUAUAUAUAUAUAUAUAUAUUUUAUUAAGUAUUUAUUACUUAUUUAGGUGUUUACACGUAAUCAAUAAAAAUCUAUUUAUUAUUUUAACUAUGUGUAAACCAGCCAUGUAUUAAUCGUGCCUUCAGGACGUCACACUAUCGAACAUGACGGCGAAGACGCGGCUCGGUAACAUUAUAAGUUCGUUUGUGAGCAUCUCUUGUAUCUGCGUUUUGUUUAUUACUCGAUGGUGGGCACUAAAAAAUAUUCUAUUAAUUGUAUUGUCCCUAUGUAUAAAAGUAAAAUUAUAAAAAACCCUAAUUAAAUAUUUUUAAAUAAGAAAAAAGAGAUAAUCUUAAAUCUUCAAAAAAAAAUGCAUCUACUUAAAAACAUGGUCCACACAAUGUACAAUUCUCCCAAAAAUUAUUACUACCAAACCAAGUUUAUGAAUAAAACGACAGGUUGUGAUAGUGUAGGCAAAUGAUGUAAUCGACAUGAACAGACAGUUUAUAAAUACAUUAUUGUAAUACGACUCGAUACCGAGUUUCACAAAACAAUCAG